AUGCCACACGCCACAGACACAGAGUACCAGCACAUCAAGGUGACUCAGUUGGCCCAAACAUUUGGAGCAGAAGUAACUGGUGUCGACUUUUCUAAACCGGUCGAGCAAUAUGUCUUUGAUGAGAUCUUGAGGGCGAUAAUUCAUUAUGGAGUACUCGUCUUCCGGCACGCCGAAUUAGAUGACGCCCGCCAUGUGGCCUUUGCAGCGCAGUUUGGUGAACUGGAUGACAUCAAACCGUAUAUCGCAAUGGGCAGGAAGAAUCGACUCCCUUUCGAUGAGUUGUUCGAUGUCAGUAACCUCGAAGACGAUGGGUCUUUGGUCAAGAUUGGGAGUAGGCGGGAACAUAUGGGCUUGGGAAACUCCAUCUUCCACGUUGAUUCAAGCUUCAACCCACGACGGGCAGGUUAUAGCCUGCUGCGGGCACACCAACUGCCGCCUCCAGGCCAUGGAGGCAACACCGACUUUGCAGACACAAGAGCUGCAUACGACGAACUGCCUGAGGACAUUCGAGCAGAGUUGCAAGAGAAUGACUACAUCGGAGCCCACAGCCUUAUGCACUCGAGAAAGAAGGCGGCGCCAAGAGACAGUCCGUACCUCAAAGAUGUGGAACCCAACGACCUCCCGUUCGGCCGACACUCCAUCUUGCAAACUCAUGAACCCAGCGGCCGACCAACCAUGUACAUUGCCCAUCAUUUGCAUCAUCUGGAAUACAAGACACCGCGGUCGAGUAGAUUUGUACCGACAUCGCAACAACCCUACGAGAGGGUGCCAGAACAACAGGGCACUGAGCUGAUCGAGAAACUGCUAGACCAUGCUACCCAAGACAAGUAUGUGCUCAGUGUCGAGUGGCAGAACCCAGGUGACUUGGUAGUUUGGGACAACACAGCAGUGAUGCAUAGGGCCGGUCAAGGCACGUUCCAAGAGAAGUAUGCCCGUGAUAUGAGGAGAGCAACAGUUCAUGACGGCAGUAAAGACGCAUGGGGAUUAAAUGAGAGGACGACAGUCAGGCAAGGUCUGCCAUAAAGGAGACAAGUCAUGGGAAGGUGCGAGUGUGAGGAGGGAGAUGUUGGUUGUGCCUUCCUUACGAAACCGACACCCACAUGCUCAUUUUGCUCAUUUGCUCUUUCCUCUCCUACCUUUUCAAACCUCUCCUUCGCGCUUUCCCUGCAUACUGGGGACCUACUCUGUAUCUUUCGAUAUCGACCGACAGUUCUUGUUCAUCACAUUGGAACUCCCAGUGUGUCCACCAGAUGCUUCUUUACUCAUCAAUAUAUUGUCUUGUCUUAACAUUA